GUGGAGGAGGAUAGAUACUGUCUUUCUGGUGGGAAUCCAAAAAGUCCGAAUCGAAACUGAAUUGUUUUSGAUUUUUGUUAUCUUCAGGAUGAUGAUUGAAACGACAAGGUACGUACGUGCUCGUAGUCGUACGUAACUGGUACCCGUACGUAGCAUGCGCUUUGCACACUUCAGUUCGUGCGCUUCGAAAUUUCCUGGACUCACACCGAACUGUAUUUAUUACCACGACAACAUUCUUUCUUCAUGGUUCAGUAGUUUUGGACUGGACAGUCUCAUCGAAGCUCAUCAGUAAUUAGAAUGAAACGUCCGCGUAUUUUAUGUUUCUAUCUUCUUUCAUCUUCAAUCACAGCGUUACACUUUCGUGACAAAUAAUGAAUGCAUUACCACACAAUUGGCGCACUUAAUACUCCCUAGCAGCGAAAGAGAUCGGAUCUUUAUUUUUUUUCCUUACGCGCAAAUUUCCGAGAAAAGUUCACUUUGGAACUGACUCCGCUAGAAAUCAAAUCCUCUUUGCGCGGUAUUUCAUGUGACUGUUUGACCUCCCCGGGCGGUUCUCAAUAUGUUUCGAACUACACGGCUACAAGCGCCAAUCAUCUCUAUUCUAUCUCCAUCUUUUUCUGCAUCCAAGAAGGCGGCGUCUCUGCUCUCUGCUGUAGGAAAUAUGGAUUACUUUUCUGCGGUUCCCGACGAUGGCGGUUUUGCAGAAAACUCACCGAGAAACACUUUCAAGUCCGCAAUAUCCGGAUUUCCCUGCUCAUGGGCAUCAGUAGGUGCCAGAUGUCCAGUUUCUGGAACUAUUGUUCACUUUUGUUCUCCUGGGAACCUAGAUGCACCAAAAAAGACCGGAGAAAAACCAUUCGCGUUACUUGGAAUUACAGACAGUGGGCAAUUGAAAGGUGAUUCCGUUGUUGAUGACUUUACGGAAUUCCUCGCGUCUAGACUCAGCGAAGAGACUGCCUUAAAUCGUACAAUUCUAAACUUCAAAGCUUCGAUCAAGGGGAGYUUGACCGCUAAGGAUUUACUGAGAAGCAUAUCGCACGACGGUUUGCCUCUUUUGUCGAUACCCAGACAACCGAAGAACCCCGGGGAUUCCGCAUCACCAAAAAGCGAGUCGAACAGAGCACAUGAUGAUGUUUCAUCGAUCUUUCUGAAGGAGAUCGUCGUCCCACAUUUCGACUAUGCGGUAUAUAGAGAUGGGUCCACAUUGAUAUCAGAGCUCGCUCAUGCGCCAACAAAGAUGCCAGCAGUUGGAGUUUAUGAAUGGCCCAACAGUAAAACGUGCAUUCGACCACUUCCUACGGCACCUGAAGAUGAAAGACUUCCUUCUCCGUCACUCAUUUUCCACUGCGAAUCACCUGAAGAUUCAACUAGGAUAAGAACUUUUGGGUUUCUAGAAGCUAAAAUUGGAUACGGUGGUUUGRGUCCUAGCCACGGUCAGGUUAUGUUGUUGCACAAGGAUCUUCUAGGCCUCGACGUAAGGUACUGUCCUCGAACAGCAGUUUCGAGUGCAUUUGCAGAAGCGCAAGAUUCUUUGCUUGCGGGAUCACUUGAAGAACUUCAAUCAACAAAUGUUCUUGUUUCUCGACGUGAAGAGGUGAAAAGUGAUGCACGUGUUGGUAAUGGCGAUUGCUGGAUUGAAGUACGGGCGAAUCUCAAACGGCCCUCUAAGCUCUUUCAGAGGUCCAAGARUUCCCAACGAAAGCAAAAAAUUGCUAAAAUACCAGACCUACCGUACGACUGAAUAAUUUUAAAAACGAAAUUGUAUAUAUCACAACACGGGAAUUGUAGCGACAAAAAAAAUGAAUUCAAAUUGAAACU